AUGCCUUACAAUAAACAAUCAGACCCAUAUCGCUAUAUCAAGGCCGAGGACUUUUUUUCCGACUUGGACUCUAAGGGCGGGAAGCCACAAUGGGCUCGAGUGGAAAACGUGAAGCUGGUGACCACCUCGUUUGACUCGAAAAGCGCUAUAACGAAUCGGGCUUGUGACCAUGGGCUUGCUUUUCGGGACGACAAUAACAAGAUCCUCCUGGUUCAGUUCAUUAGACCUACUGUUUUUCGCGUCCGUUUCAACCCUAGAUACACUUCAGUCGAACAGUACUCUACCUGGAACUCUCGUAACCUUGUGCAGGAUACCCUUACGGAUCUGAUAUCUACCCUGGACCGUUUUGAACGCGUCAGCUGGGAGGUCUUUGCUCGGGACGAAGGUGACUUGGUUGUGAUCGAGUCUCGACCCACGCUCGGAGCCAACAACCAGUCAGGGCGGGCACCGGCUACUGCUGACCCUGACGGAUAUUACAUGCAACUCCGAAUCCGCAAAAGGAAUUUUAAAAUCAUUGCUCUUCAGCCUGUUGGCCGGAGCCGAUCCUGGGAAGACGAUGAUCUCAGGAGUUUUGGGGUUUGUGGGCCCGAUGAAACGAAGUAUGACAUCAAGGUAGUUUGGCAGACCAAACCUAGCGGCAUAUCGUACUCGGACAAAGCAACAGUGAUAGAGGUCGAAAAGCCUGGAAGGGCUAGAUAUCUGGGUUUUGGAGAACAGGGUGGAAGACAGUUGCUAAAAACAAAAGUUAUAAUAGACUACUUUAAUUACGAUAAUAUGACCUACUCUCAGGUCUAUAAUCACGGACCUUUAGACUCUCGCGAACCGCUAUACCAUUCGGAGCCUUUCUGGAUGGAAGUCAGCCAGCAUCCGGGAUACAAGCUAAAGAUUGCCAGUUUUGUGGAUAAUUUCUCCCAAGUAUGCUUGGACAUCGGGUCCAAGGAUAACAGUGUGUUUCGUGUCGCUACGCGUUUCAACUGCAUGCAGUUGUUCGUCGUCGCUGGAACUUCCAUCAGCGAUGUCAUCACUUCCUACACCUCUAUAGUUGGUCGGCCUUUGCUCAAACCUCGUUACGUACUUGGCUAUCAUCAGGGGUGCUACGGCUACGACACCCCGCAAAAGAUACUCGAAGUAGUUAAAGCCUAUCGUGAUUCGGGGUUUCCUUUGGACGGAUUGCAUUUGGAUGUGGACAUACAGAGAAACUAUAAGACGUUUACAGUCGAUCCUCAUGUGUUUCCCGCACCGGCCAAACUAUUUGAAGAUCUUCGGAACCAAGGAGUGAAAUGCAGUACCAACAUCACACCGUUUAUCAAUGGAGAUGAUGACCACGAGUAUUCAACGCUUCAAGAGGCACUGAAAUACCGGUACCUGGUAGAGGACAGGCGAUUCGUUCAAGACAAUGGUCCACAAAACGCCAACGAGGAUCAGUAUAUGCUGUAUCGCUGUGGACACAAGGACGAGUUCCAAGCUUCAGACUCGAACCAGGAGCCCCGAAAUCAUUAUGAUCCCGAAGAUAGAGUUGAGCUUUCCGACACAUGGAACACAGGGAAGCCGUUUCGAGGAGGAGUUUGGUACGGCGGAAGCUUGGGCAGGCCAGGGUACUAUCCCGACCUGAACCGGAAAGAAGUUCGGAUCUGGUGGGGCAAGCAGUACGACUAUCUCAUUUCGCUUGGGCUCGAGUUCGUGUGGCAGGAUAUGACUUCGCCUUGCAUGGGCGCCAGUUAUGGCGAUAUGAGGAGUUUCCCGUUUCGGUUGUGGCUGUCCUCGGACUCGAUCAAGUCGAUCAAGGAAAAAGGUCCGUCCGAUCAACAGCCUCGACUUCCGGCUAUACGAAUAUGGUCCUUGUAUGCGUUCAAUCUGCACAAGGCCACCUACAACGGAUGGAAUUACAACCCUCGUCGAAAAGGGAAACGUAACUUUAUCAUUGGGCGCGGCGGCUUUAUAGGCUUGCACCGUUAUGCCGGCCUUUGGACUGGGGACAAUGCUUCGCGCUGGGACUUCCUUCGGGUAUCCGUUGCGCAGGUGCUUUCGCUUGGGCUUUCUGGAAUCAGCAUAUCUGGUGCCGACGUUGGCGGGUUCGAACCGGGAUCAGAGGGUGAGCAGUGGGCUAACCCUGAGCUUUUGAUGCGCUGGUACUGCGCAUAUUCGCUGUUGCCCUGGUUCCGUAACCAUUACAAUGGAAAAUCUGGGAAAAAGCUAUUUCAGGAACCUUUCCGCUACGCCGAAAAGUCACACGAAGCUCCGGAAGAUGAGAGAUGGAUGUAUCUUGCUACCUUGCCGAUCUGCCGGUACUAUGUCAUGCUGAGGUAUACGCUAUUGCAGCUUUUAUACGAUCAGAUGUUCGACAAUCUUUUGACUGGGUUACCAAUUGCUCGAUCCCUUAUUAUAACGAAUGAGCAAGAUUCGUCCUUGGUCGGAGAGAACUCGGAUUUCCUCGAUGACGAGUACAUGGUUGGAGAUGAUCUCUUGGUUGCCCCAAUUCUCCAUCCCCAGGGCUCAGAAUGGGAUCCGGUCACCCGCGUAGUGUACCUGCCUCGGCCCAACUCAUGGUGGCAGUGCAACCUGCGCGCUGAAGGGCCUGAUAGCGCAGUUGCUCUAGGGAACGAGUUCAAGGGCGGAUCAUUGAUACCCUAUGAUGCUCGCUGGGCUGGAAGAGUGCAGGAUCCCUACGUGACUCCGAUGUUUAUCAAGUUCGGUGCUAUUCUCCCGCAAAUAGAGCCAAGGAUGUAUGCGGAGGAUUAUCAGUCCAAGCCGAAUCCUAUCACCAUUCAUAUUUACCCCGGACAUACUGGACCGAACCGGUCGUAUGAUUUGUAUCUCGAUGAUGGGGUAUCGCGAGAGAGCGCGCCAACGGCCAAGGGUUUGCGAAUUCAGCAGCGGCUAUCGAUCAACAAGCUACGGGAAAGGCAAACGACGGACGACGAUCGGAAGUUCUCGACUGAUGCGUUUGGGGACAAGCAAGCCGAAGACGUGUACUGGAAAGUCCGGAUAUUCCAGGCAAGUCCCCCACGGAGGGAAACGACGCACAAUCAUCCUCCUGGUCAGCCAAAGACUAUCACGCGUACCAUCGAGCUAUGGACGAUCCACAAGCACGAGCGUUUCGACCCGACACUGAUCAACGGUCCGGUCUAUCGACUUUUCAUCUGGGGAGAGUCCAAGUGCGGAGAAGCAUUUGAGAGUGCGCAGUGGGAAGAUUCCGUGGACACUCCCAUUUCUCAACGUUAUUACGACAAGAUCAAGAAUGCUUGGAUUAUAGAGCUACCGAUUCGGGAGGUUGCCGAGAAGGACUAUAUACUCAAAUCGGCUGGACCCACGCUGGACCCCAAAAAGGGAUUGUGGUCGGGAGACUCCGUAGCGGUAACGGUAAUGGAAACCAAUGAUUGGCGGCUCGGGAAUUGGAUGUGCAGCACUCUUCUCGACAACCAGGAACACUUUAUAGCACACUCGAUCGACACUCUUGCCCAAAAUAACGAGUCGGCCUUUUGUGCCGAAGUCGCGGGAAAUGUGGGCCCGUGUGUGGAAGACGGAACAGACGACGGAGGGCUCGUUGCCGAAGAAUAUCAGUGUCUGGCUAUCCAGUUGAAGCUCGGCAACUCUGCGACCUCUGACCAUGGAACUAUGUGCUGA